CGGAAGUGCGUGGCUCAGAGGAAAUAUGGCGCAGAGCGUACUGAAUAGAUCGCUGAUGUUCUUUGCUUCAGCGUGCUCUUUGAGCUCAUUCUUGCUGUUAGUUUUCGUCGCUUUUUCAGCAUUUGAAGAAGGAAGCACUGACAGUGUAUUCAGUGCAAGCCACACAGUUACUGUACCUGUCGCUGCCGCUAGGGAUUUGCGGUACCUGUUGUAUGAUGUAAACCCUCCAGAGGGUUUCAAUCUGCGAAGAGAUGUCUAUAUACGCAUGGCCUCCUUAGUCAAGACGUUGAGGAAGGACGGGGAUGACUGGGUGUUGGUGCUUCCCCCAUGGGGUCGCCUUUACCACUGGCAGAGCCCCAAUCUCCACCAGAUCCAUAUCCCAUGGGGAGAGUUCUUCAGCCUCACUAGCCUGCAGGCCAAUGUGCCUGUCAUUGAGUACGAAGAAUUCAUUGCUGGUGAAAAUGGUGGCCCGUUUAUAGACCAGGUUCUGGUACUGCAAAACUAUGCCGAGGGAUGGACUGAUGGGAAUGGGAGGAAAGGGGAUGAGCGGCCAUGUAUUGAGAAAUUGAUGUACUCCAAAGAUAAACAUGGCUACUACAGGGGCUGGUUUUGGGGAUAUGAGGAGACGAGAGCUCGAAAUGUAACAUGUUUAUCAGCUCAAGGCCAUGCAUCAAUCAUGGCCCCAGUUCUUCAGAAAAACAUCACAGUGACAUCAGUUAUGCUUGAUCGAGCAGAGACACUCCUUCAUGAUCACUAUGCUGGGAAGGAUUACUGGAACACACGCCGCAGCAUGGUUUUUGCAAAGCACCUGCGACUCAUAGGGGAUGACUUCAGAUCAAGAUACCUGAACUCUACAGAUGAAAGAGACCAUACGCCAUACAGCGAGGACUGGACUCGCAUGAAGGCCAAGCCUGGCUCAGCUAAAGGUGGUCCAUAUCUGGGCAUCCACCUGCGCCGAAAGGACUUUAUCUGGGGUCACAGAGAAGAUGUGCCCAGCCUUAAGGGAGCUGUCAAAAAAAUACGCAGCUUGAUGAAAAUACACAACUUGACAAAGUUUGUUGCGACAGAUGCAGAUGAUGAAGAGUUUAAGGAGCUGAAAAAGUUGUUGCCAGACAUGGUGCGGUUUGAGCCAUCCACAGAAGACCUGGAACUCCUUAAAGAUGGAGGAGUGGCCAUAAUUGACCAGUGGAUAUGUGCCCAUGCGAGGUUCUUUAUAGGAACAUCAGUUUCCACCUUCUCUUUCCGGAUCCAUGAAGAAAGGGAAAUUCUGGGCUUUGACCCCAAAACUACAUACAACCGUUUCUGUGGGGACACUGAGAAAGAAUGUGAACAGCCCACACACUGGAAGAUUGUUUAUUGAUGUGACUGUGCCAAGUGCUCUGUUAAGAGACUGUAUGGAAUAUACAUAUGAUAUUUUAACUGUUAAUUUUUUACUUUUCAUGUUUCAGUGCAGGGGCCACUGAAAAGGUCUGGAGUGCCACUGAAAAGGUCAAGACACGGCUGCCAAACAUGUAUUAAUGUCAUUUUCAAUAAUAAAGCUGCUUAUAAUUGUAUGUUUUUAGGUUCUACGUAUUUUUCGUGGAAGCCUGUUUUUAAACAAAUCAAAAUCUAUUUGAACAACGGUGGCAAGAGUUGCCUUGUAAUGGAACAAAGAGUAUUACAUGGGUGUAUUCUCACUUUAAAUCCAAUGUGAUUAGAAUAGUUAGGUUUGGUGCUGGAAUA